AUGGAUAAACUGAGUGCUUAUUCUCCUUACGGAAAUUUACUUCGAAAAGAAGAUAAGAAGAAACUGAAUGCGUUUCUUGAUAAGGCUUAUCAACAAUGGGAAUUGAUUUACAAAGCAUCACGUGAUGGAUUUAAUUCGAAUACAUUUCAUUCACGUUGUAAUAAGAAAGGUCCAACAAUAACAAUCAUUCAAUCAAAUAAGAAUUACAUUUUUGGAGGUUAUACAUCUAUCCCAUGGAAAUCUGAUGGUUCGUAUAAGAGUGAUAGUACAGCAUUCUUAUUCACUUUAACAAAUCCUCAUAAUAUUCCACCCACUAAAUAUCUCAUAGACUCUGCACAUGUAGGAAAUGCAGUUUAUCAUAACAGCGAUUAUGGUCCUACAUUUGGUAGUGGUCAUGAUAUCUACGUGGCAAACGGCAGCAACGGAAACAAUCAAAGCCACACUAAAUUCCCAUCAGGAUACCUUGAUACGACUGGAAAGGGUAAUAACACAUUCACUGGAGAAAAACAAUUUACUGUGUCCGACAUUGAAGUUUUUCAACUAACUUAA